CUCUCUCUCUCUCUCCAACCUUCAACAAAAGAUUUUUUUUCCCUUUCUUGGUAGCCAAGUUUUGAUCUUCAUCCAAAAUUCUUCAACAAUGGCGGUUGAUUCCGGCUACGAGAAGUCGAGAAAGAGAAAGAGGAAGAAGAACAAGAAAAAGCUUCUUGUUGGAGAACACGUAGAGGUCUUAUAUUCUGAUGAAGGGCUUAAAGGAUCCUGGCACUCGGGAAUAGUUAUUGAGUUAGAAGAAGGCACUCGGCUUGUCGAAUAUACAAAUCUUAUGAAUGAGGACAAUUGCUCCUCACUUAUAGAAUCAAUCCCCGUGUCUCCAGCAAUUGAAGGACAGAUUGUAAAAACACAAAAAAACCACCAUGGCAAUAUAAGGCCUUUACCACCUCAUUACGAAGUCCAAGAAUCCGAGAUCAAAUAUGGGUUGUGUGUUGAUGCCUUGGUGGACGAUGCAUGGUGGGAGGGCGUGGUAUUUGAUCAGAAAGAGGGUUCAAAAAAGAGGUUGAUCUUUUUUCCUGAUCAAGGUGAUCAACAAAUGGUGACUCUGGAUCGAUUGCGUCUCACCCAAGAGUGGAACGAGGUUUCUGGGCGUUGGAAGCCUCGGGGUGAGUGGAUUUUGCUUCAAGUGCUUCAACCAUUUGAGCAGGAAGAGGGACUGCCAGUAUCUAUUAGGGAAAUUUGGUACGAUUUGAGAAUUACAGCUACAUUCUCAGAGAAAAUUGGAGUGUGGACGUUUGGAUCUCGUUCUAUCUGGCACACUUUGGUUUCAGAGAUAAUACAGGAGCUGCGGUCUGUUGUUCUUGGUGUGAUUAUUUUAAGCAGUCCUGCAUUUUCUAGAUUACAUCCAAUCAAUUAUUGCCCUUUGUCAGACAGCCCUUUCAAUGAAAGGCGUGCUUCUGGGAGUUUUUCUCAUGUAGACAUAGAAAACGUGAAAGCAGACGGUUCAAGAAGUGGUUUAAAGAAUUUUCAUGCUAUUUAUGAUCAGAAGUCUGUGGGGGAAGUCUGUGGUUCUAUUAGUUCAAGAAGUGGUUUAAAGAAUUUUCAUGCUAUUUAUGAUCAGAAGUCUGUGGGGGAAGUCUGUGGUUCUAUUAUAGACGCCAGCGAGACAUGCAGAAGGGCUGAUUAUCAAGAAGCAAGGCAUAAAAUGGUUGAUGGUAGAAUAAGUGGGGGAGCCAGAGAAACUUGGAAACCUUUGGAUCUUGAGGUCUCAUAUUAUCCUGAAGCUGCAAAGAUCUGUGCACAUGAACUUUGGAGAAACUUCAUUUCACCCGAUGAUAAAGCUGAAGAUGUAAAACUGAAAGCUAGGACGCAUCUUUUAGCUAUUGGAUGGAAGAUUGAAACUAGAAAGGACGAGAGGAUGGUAAGGUUUUAUUAUAAAUCACCCGAGGGGAGAAGCUAUGCUUCCCUCUAUAGAGCCUGCUAUGCAUUGUUAGAGGGGCAACAAAAGAGGAAGCAAAAGGGCAGAAAUGACCUGAUUCAAGGUUUGUCAAAGAGAAGCAAAUAUUGGAGGGAGGAUUCUAGGCUUGACACAAAAUCAAACAGGAUAUACACACAGAAAUCUCAAUCCUUAUCCAAAAUGAUUGAUUCUGGCACCAACAAGGAGAUUUCAUCCAGUGUCUUUCAAGAGUGUUGGCCUACUAACCAUGCCAUGUUAAGCGAGAAUGAUCUGUUGUCAAAUGAUUUUGAAAAUGUCUCUCUUGUGUCUGAUGAUCUUGAACCAGGGAGGUUCCCGGAAGCGGUAUUAGAGUAUAAAAGGUACUUGGAUUUAUUCAGGGCUGAAGUUAAACAUGUUACAUCACGUGACAUCAAUAUGAUCAGGUUGAAUGCUCGGAAACAUCUCAAAUUCAUGGGAUGGAAAUUUUGGAUCAAAAGACAAGAAGCAAAUAAGCUGUUUAUAACUUCUCCGACUGGAAAGGCUUUUCAAUCUCUUUAUUCGGCUUGUGUUGAAUACUUGAAAGAAGAAAAUCUCAAUAACAAUACUGAUGAGGCAUCACUAAAGAGGGCCGGAAGCAGAAUUGUAAAUCUCUCUAAUUUUUCAGAAUCUGGGGAAAAUAGAUCUGAUAAUUUGGUCAUGGAAAGAAAUGGGAAAUUGAAGAGAAAGAAAGAACGUUGUCAUUUUGCUUCAUUUCCAUCCACAUCUUCAGCUUCUCCAUCUUCUGCUGUUGAAAAUUCAAAAAGAAAGAAGACAUGCCAAGAUAAUGAAUUAAGCAGUUAUCUCUCCCCACAGGAAACACAGUCAAGGAAAAGGCCGCUACAGAGAUCAGUACAAACUUCCAGCCAGCGUGGUGCGGGAACUGUGUUAUCUUUGCUGAUAGAAAAUGACAUGGUGCAUCUAGGGGAUCAAGUAAGCUAUAUUCGUAAGAAAGAUGGACAGGUUUUGAAGGAAGGGAACAUUGCAGCUGAUGGGAUAAAGUGCACGUGUUGUAAAAAGAUAUAUAAAAUUAGCAAUUUUGAGGUUCAUGCUGGAAGCACAUACCGAAGACCUGCUUCCAGCUUAUUCUUAAAAGACGGAAGAUCGUUACUGGAGUGCAAGAAGCAGAUGAUACAAUAUAAUAAGCCUAAAGCCUUUCGACGCCUCCGAGUGAAGGGUGACUGUUCUGAGUAUAAAAGUGAUGCUAUUUGUACUGUUUGUCAUGAUGGUGGUUCACUAGUUCUAUGUGAUCACUGUCCAUCCUCGUUUCAUCUCAGCUGUGUGGGUUUGGAGAGUGUGCCAGAGGGAAAAUGGUUUUGUCCAUCCUGUCAAUGCAGAAUAUGUGGCAUGAGUGAGUUCAAUUAUGAUGCUGACCAGUUCUCCGAGAAGACAAUACUGUAUUGUGAUCAAUGUGAGCGUGAAUAUCAUGUUGGGUGCAUGAGAAAGAGAGGGGAUAAAACUUUAAGUAGUUGUCCAGUUGGAAAUUGGUUUUGCAGUGAAAAAUGUUCAAAGAUAUUUCUUCAUCUGCGACAACUUCUUGGGGUAUCUCAACCAACAGCUGUAAAAGGGUUACAAUGGACUAUUUUGAGAUCAAGUAGGGAAAAUGGGGUUGAUAACUUGCAAUUCGAUGCUGAGACCAUGACUGAGCAUGAAAGCAAGCUCUGUGUUGCGCUUAAAGCACUGAAAGAAUGCUUUGUCAGUAUUACAGAACCUCGUACACAGAGCGAUCUUGUUGCAGAUCUUCUAUUUAAUAGAGAGUCAGAGCUAAGGAGGUUAAACUUUUAUGGAUUUUAUACCAUGCUUCUGGAAAAAGAAGAUGAGCUAGUAUCUGUAGCUGUAUUCAGGGUUUAUGGAGAAAAGGUUGCGGAAAUGCCUCUUGUUGGUACGAGAUCCAAAUUUCGCCACCAAGGAAUGUGUCGCCUUCUUGUCAGUGAACUUGAGAAGUUGCUUUCACAUUUAGCGAUCAAGAACCUGGUAUUGCCUGCAGUUCCUCAGCUCUUACAGACAUGGACAUCUUCCUUCAGAUUUAGCAAGAUGACCAGUUCGGAUAGAUCGAGCCUUUUGGAACACACAAUUCUGUACUUCCAAGAUACUAUAAUGUGCCAGAAACUCCUAGCAAGAGCUCCAACAGUUUCCAUGAAGCCAGAAGGACAGUGCAAAAAGAUAAUGGACAUAUGCAAUAGAAGUAUUGAGAUGGACUCUGAAAUUGACAAUAAUGUUUCUGAAGCUGGCCAUUCUCCGAUUAGUACUUGUUCAAAGCCAAUCCAGCAAGAAGAACCACAGCCUGAGCGGAAUGGCCUGGUAAAAGCUCCUCUAGCAAAUCUUAUGGGUAGCAAUGUUUCAGGGGAUAUGUCUCCAAUUCUCGCGUUGAUGGUGCCAAACACUUUCAAUUCCAAGAUUACAAGGAAGCCUCAUGCAUACAUUCACAGGGAUGGCUCUAUGACACGACACCUAACCAAGAAUGUAAAUAAUGGAGUGGAAAAUACUUUCAAAUACUUCUACAGGCGCAGGAUGGCGAGCAACAACUAGCCAUUUUCCACCUAGAGAUGAUACUAGCAAGUUGCACAGGAAGUUUUUUGCCCGAUACCUAAUUACAGUGAAGUAGGAGCUGCACAUAUAAUGCCGUACAACGCUAGAUAUUGUGAUGUAAUACUUAACGUUUGCAUUGCGAUUCUUAUCGUCCAAUUUGGUUCUAAUCACUGUUUAUGGAUCCAGUUAUUGCAUGCUCAUCGCUCACAGGAGUACGACUUGUACUAGCUUCCCCCUUUUGUUACCAUUUUUCCCAAUGUUUCGAGCCUUCGCUAAUAGUAGUAAGUAAACUCACUCUAAAUGUGUCGAUAUCUUACUCUUUGAUGAAACUUUAUGUGAACAGGUUAUUUCUCUUUA